GUGGACUCGGGCUAAUUUAUGCACCGCAACCUGGAGCAUGGUGUUGCAAUUCUCCCGUUCUACCUUGUUGACUACGGUCGAUAUUUACGCCGAUACGUCAAAGAAAAUUGAGCCCAUUUGUGGACUGUGCAUAUGGGUGAUUUCCGUCUGUUGUAGAUACCCACACAGAAUAUUCUGUCAGAUGGAUGUCGUUGGUGGCUUCAACUAGACUAGUGUGUGCAAGCGAAAGACGAAAACAAAGCAAUUGCACAGAGUUCGGUUUCUUCGUUGACGAACACCUGGUGCUUUUCACAGCUCUGUCGAAACAGUGCAAUUUCUUCCGCCUCCGAAGAAACAAACAUUGAGGUACCUUCUUGCCUACAAACUUUAUCAAAAUAUAAGCCUCGGUUCAUCGUACCGACCUGCUAAUGCAAAACUCGGAUUACUGUACGCGAGUGCAAAUAAGCCUUUCACAUCGAAAGAAAAAGAGAGUCAAGGACAAAACAAAAUGUCGGCAAGCGAGAAACCGUCCAAAUUCCGCGUGAUAAUUGUAGGCGCCGGCCCCGUUGGCCUCUACAUGGCGCACGCCAUGGAACGGGCCGACAUUGACUACGUGCUGCUGGAGCGGCGCGCCACCGUCGCCAACCCCAACGGGCAGCUCCUGCUGGUUUGGCCACACACGGCCCGGCUCUUUGACCAGAUCGGGGUGUACCACGACCUCGCCAGGGAGAACAUUCCCAUGCACCGCAAGAAGCGCGUCUACGGCGUCGACGGUACUGUCACCUCUUGGAAUCGCUUCUGGCAGUUCAUGGAGCCCAGCCACGGCUACCCAUUUCUGGCUAUGCUUCGCAGCCGCAUCAUCGACAUACUUCACGCGGGACUGCGAGGUAAGGAUUCCAACAUCAGAACCAGCGUCGAAGUUGUCGGCAUAGAGCCCCAGGCCGACGGUGUGCGCGUUCGACUGGGCGAUGGCAGCCUGGUGGAGGGAUCCAUCGUCAUCGGCACUGACGGCGUCCACAGCACGACCCGUCAUAUCAUGCAAGCGCUGUUGGCAGAUUAUGGCUGUGCGGAGAAGACAUCAACACAGCAGGACCCUAUGGUCGCGAGCUUCAACAGUAUCUUUGGCCGCGCAUCUGUCGCCGACCUGAAAAUUGAGCCAGGCACCUGGUUCGAGUCGCGGGGCGCCGGCGUCAUCAUCCAGGGCCUCGUCGGCGCUGCGGACGGUAAGAUGACGUUUGCUACCAUCAAACCGCUGAAUGUAGAAGAACGCUCAGCGGCGGUGGUCAGCGGAGGCGGGCGGCGGCCACGAUACUCGGACGCUGACGCCGACGAGCACGCAGCCUCGAUCCAGCACGUGCUCGUGUGCCCCGGCGUGACGUUUGGCGACGUGUGGGCACGAGCGGACCGGGAGCUCUGCGUGAUGGUGGACCAGGAGGAAGGAUUCGCGGAGCAUUGGUACCACCCGAGCGGCCGCGUGGUGCUGGUGGGCGACGCGGUACACAAGAGCACAAGCGCCAACGGGCUCGGCAUGACUUGCGGCGUGCACUCGGCGGCCGUACUGGCCAACGGGCUGCGGGACCUACUCUCUGAGCAGCCGAGUCCCUCUGGCAUGGCGCUGGCGGAAGUGUUUGCUCAUUACCAGGCCGAGCGCAAGGCAGAGGUCAAGCCGCUCUGGGAUAACGGGCACGCCAUGGUCCGCCAGGUCACCAGAAGCUUCUCAUGGGGUCCUUGGUUGUGGGAGAGGUUUGUGCUGCCGUGGUGGGACAUAGAGAGUUUGGCGUGGGGACUGCUUCCUUCUGUGUUUCUGGUCCGCAAAGGACAGCUAUUGUCAUAUGUGCCGUUUAUGGGGAAACGGGGAAUGUUUAAAAUCGCAUCUCGACACCCUCUAUUUCACCCUAUUAUUUGGGGUCCAAACAAAAGCAGUAGAUUCUGGACCGGAAACACACACGCUUCCAACCUCCUCGGAUUUGCAACAAUGUCUUUCCCAUCCAAAAUCGCUGGCAAGGCUAUUGGCCCAGUCGGGUACGGCAUGAUGGGUAUCACGUAUUGGAAUCCUAUGCCGUUUGAGGACGCCGAAAAGCCGCUCAAGGCAGCCCUCGACAAUGGCGCCAACCUCUGGAACGGGGCUACCCUUUACGGCCCACCCAACCGCCACUCCCUGCACCUCGUCAAGCACUACUUUGACGCGCACCCCGGGGACGCUAACAAGGUGGUGCUCAGCGUCAAGGGCUGCUACGAUGGCAUGACCCAGACGGCCAACAACCGCCCGGAGCAGAUACGUGCCGAGGUCGACAACUGCCUCUCCAUCCUGGGCGGCACCAAAACCAUCGACCUGUUCCAGUGCGCUCGCCAAAGCCCAGACACACCCGUGGAAGAGCAGGCCCGCACCCUGGCUGCCCUGGUCAAAGAAGGCAAGAUAGGUUCCUACGGCCUGUCCGAGUGCAGCCCCGAGACGAUCCGCCGCGCCCACGCCGUCCACGCCGUCGGCGCCGUCGAGAUCGAACUCAGCAUCUUUUCGCGUCAUGUCCUCACCCCAGGAGGCGUGCGCGACACGUGCCGAGAGCUUGGCAUCCCGGUCAUUGCAUACAGUCCGCUCGACCGUGGCUGGUUGACGGGCCAGAUCAAGAAGCCCGAGGACGUGCCGGCGCAGUUUCGCGUCUUCCCUCGCUUCCAGAGCCCCGCGUUUGAGCAAAACGUCAAGCUGGCAGAGGCCGUUGCCGCGGUGGCGGAGCGCAGGGGUGCCACGAGCCCACAGGUUGCAUUGGCAUGGGUCAGGGCCCAGGGCGCGCUGCCCAUCCCCGGCGCCACCAGCGUCGACAAGAUCUUGGACAACACAAAGGUCAUCACCCUCACCGAGGCCGAGCUGGAGGAACUACAGGCUGCCAUUGACCGAACGGAGGUUGUGGGCGAGCGUUUCCCAGAGGUGUACUGGUCCGGCCUGAAUCUGUAAUUUCUCAAGUCACUGGCAGACCUUCUCACGAUACUCUCUUUACACGAUGCUGCUGUUUCGGGUAUUUCUAGCCCCCGGGAGCCACUGAAGGAUUCCUGUGGUGUGCAUACAAGAAGCCCUGGUAACAUACGAGAUAGGCUGCACGGAUGUGCCGAAAGGAUAGAGUCUUAUUUGUUAGUAUAUCAAACACCUCAGCUUGUCUUAUCAUUUAAUUACCGUUUCUGGUCCAAUAGACUCCUUACUUCCAAUAUUGCCAACACAAACAGCUACUCGCAUGCCCCUUUUGCACUUGACUCAUCCAUAAACGCAAGCCCUCCCUGCUGACAAGGAUUAUUUGAGGCGCCGUAGCCGAUGGCUUGGGGCGGAGCACACUCUCACCUGAAGGCUUAUGUACUGAUCCUAUGACUUUCAGUCAAGGCCAGCUGCCUAGUAGCCUGUGCCUCUUCAUUGACAGAAAAGCGACGAUGCUUACCGUUGACUGGUCAGCUGGUGGAUAUUGGAAGGAAUAUUGUGGAAAAAGCAAGGCGUGUUGGGCUCAGGGCUCUCGUAUCGGAGUUGUCAGGAUGAAUGCUGCGUUGGUUAACAGCUACAGGCCGGGCCUAAAGAACAGCUAUAAAAGGUUCCAUCAGUCUCCGUGUCAGGACAGCUACUGGUCAAAUACACCCAGACAAGCGCCUUCUUCAUCACGGGUACGCACUUCUGCGAAACCUCAAGACAUUACUGAUUCACAAUGAAGUCCUUUACUCUCCUGGCUUCGGCCGGCCUCGCCACCUUGGCCUCGCUUCCCCUCACCAUGGCCGGUGUCAUCACGCCUUCAUACUUUGACAAGCACCCUUUGUCCCGGCGCCAGAUUUCUGACGCCCAAGUCCAGCGAGAGCUAGGCCCGCAGCUCUCCCGCAACGCGACCAUCAUCGGUCCUGGCGGGCCGGGAUGGGACGAUGCCAUUGAGCGGUUCGACAACGAGUCGCGCCCAACCAUCAGGCUGGUAGUGGUACCAGGGGUCGAGUCCGACAUCGCGACUGUCGUCAAGCUUGCCAACCGCUUCGGCGUCCCCUUUCUGGUCAAGAACCGCGGUCAUGCUCUUACCAACACCAUUGGCAAGUUCCGCGGCAUCCAGAUCGACAUGUCGCGUCUCACCAAAAUCACCAUCCAGCCCGGCGAGCCAGCCGAGUCGGCUUGGUUCCAAGGUGGCGCCUGGGAUAAACAGGCCAUUGAAUACCUCUGGGACCGGGGCUACGUCACCGUCACCGGCAGUUGCGACUGUGUGGGUAUGAUGGGACCUGGCCUUGGGGGUGGACACGGACGCUACCAGGGGUUGUAUGGGCUUAUCAGCGACAACCUGAUCAAUAUGAACGUGGUGCUGGCUGACGGCUCGGCUGUCAGGGUCAACGCAACGAGUAAUCCUGAUCUCUGGUGGGGUAUGCAAGGCGCUGGCCACAACUUGGGCAUUGUCACUAGCUUCCAGUCAAAGAUCUACCCUCGCAAGAUCGACACCUGGCACUACCACUCCUACACCUACACCCAGGACAAGCUUGAAGCUGUUUUUGAAGCCCUCAACACGUUUCAUGGGAACGGUGAUGGCUCCACGCCUGUCUUGAUGGCGCUUAACACUGGCGGCUUUUAUAUCGAUCCUUCCGUUAGCCAGACUGAGCCCGUCGUAUCCUGGGUCUUUGGCUACGCCGGCCCCGCAGAAGAGGCCGAAGCCCUCCUCGAACCGUUCAACCGCCUCAAACCAGCAGCCGAGCAGAGCGGCGACGUACCCUACCCCGAGGUGGCCACAGCCAUGGGCACAGGCCAAGACCAACCCCUCUGCCAGCCGGGCGACGCCCACGUGCAGGUGACGUCGCAGUUCAACGUGUACAACGUGACGGCCGAGCGGGCCCUGUACCAACUCUUCAACCGCACGAUCGCGGAGCACCCGCAGCUCGCCGACUCGGUCGCCUUCCACGAGGGCUACUCGACCGCCGCCGUGGACCGGGUGGACCCGAACGCUUCGGCCGUCGCCUUCCGCGACCGCAAACUGCUCAUGUUCUUCGACACGCGCUUGACCCCCGCCAACGCCGCAAACCCGGAGGUCUUGAAGAUGGCAAGGGAGUUUGGCCGCCAGGUGCGCCGGAUCUGGAACGAAGGCGCCCCGGACCUCAAGCCUGCUACCUAUGUCAACUACGCCGCUGGCGACGAGCCGCUCGAGUCGAUGUACGGUUAUGAGCCGGCACGGCUGAAGCGGCUGCGGGAGAUCAAGCGCAAGUAUGAUCCGCAUGGCCGCUUCGUGUACUACAACCCCAUUGCUUGAUUGGGUUGGGGGGGUUAUGGACAGGUUUUAUUCUCUUUUUACCCAAUUUCUUCUCCUUUUUUCACCUUAAUUUGCAACUGUUUUCAUUCACUUCUUAUCGCUCAUUCGGUCCUUAGUGACUGCCAAAUUUUAAAUAACUGUUUAGAUUUGCGUUUUUUUAUUUAAACUUUUUUUUCCUUUCCUCAUUUUGCCGACAAAACCAUAUUCUCCACAGACAUGUAAGAUAUUAGCUCUUCAGAGAUAGCAAAACGCUGUCGUAUACUUCAUUUCGUCUAUUCCGUAUACUCUACGGUGAUAAACAUGGGACUCUCGACAUAAGAAAAUAGAACAAAUGGCCGCGCCACUGGUCAGACACCAGCACAGGAGUCCUCUGCACAGAGGCGAGUUGACCAAGUGGUUGAGAGCUAUGUAGCUUGUUAAAUCAAAAACAGGUCCUGUGUCCCAGUCCCCUCAAUCUCCUCGCCGUCCAUGCAGCCGUGAACGUAGGCUGAGCACACAAAGGUGAAACACCCCACCCCGUCAAUCAUGCCCUGUGUCGGCCGAAGAAUGACGGGAACCUUGGCGCCGUCCAGGACCGCAACGACGUCACCCUCUUGCGCUUGUUUGCGGGCAACGAUAAAUUUGCCGUCGGUCGUCAUGAAAAAGUGCCACCCUCCCAUCUGGUUACGUUGCAACAUCCUCCAGGAUUCCAUCUUGUCCCAUACCUUCCUUUUUGCCUCGUAUGAUUUACCUAUACUUAUACGCUUUUCCUUCCACGAUUCACCAUCUCCCGCCGGUUCCUCUUGUAACAUCAUGAGCUCCUGAAAACGCCGCGUCUCGGCUUCGAUCUCAUCCAGGGUCAGCCUGCGGAUCGGAUACGCUGUGCAGUCCAUGGCCAGGGUGCGCCACAAGGCCUGGAUGGCCGGCUCCCCCGUGGUCUGGUACAGGCUUUUGGGGUCGGACAGGUAUCCUGAAGGGAAGGCCUCGGCUAUGACUUCCUCCGGGAACAAGAAAUUGGUGUCGCCGCCCUUAUCCCGUCCAAUCGCAGCGCUCUUCAAUUGACCAAAGUGUCGACCGUGGCAUCUCAAGCCAGCGACAUGGGCGGCAUCACUUCCAGCAAUAACGGACUUGACAUCGCAUGGCGUCUGGCAGCUCGGUCUCCCAGCAGCGAAGAUGCCACGCUGGGCAAAAAUCAGAUUGCCCUUGCCCUUGCCGGCGAAGUCGAUAGCCCACGAAGGCAGGUUGGGGGGCCUUCUUUCGGGCCGGCCGUCAAACCAGGGGUUUUGGCAGAUGGCGUCGAGGUCGCCCCGAGAGUCGAUGAUGGCGGUGGUGGUUUUGAUGAAAAGUUCUGCGGGGCUCAGGCUGUAGUCGAUUGUCACGCCAGGCGAAGGACCUUCGACUAGGCCGAGGAGCCCGUACACCAUGUCGCGGGGGUCCGAGGCUUCGAGGUGCCGGAAGCGCGCCAGCACGUCGAUGAGAGUAGACGCAUUACCGCGGCUGUCCUCAUCCCGCUCGCCAAAUCUUUCGUCGUAGCGAUUCUUGAACUUGAGCCUUUCCCAGCCCGGGUGCUCGGACUGCUGUUGUUCCCGGCCAAUGCUGGGAGCAGUGUGUUCUUGGGACAUGCCCGUGCCCUCUCGCCUCCGCAUGUUCUCCAGCAUCUGCCGCUGCUGCUGGAUGCGCUUUGGGCUUGAAAAUAUCGACUCGACGGCCGGGUGCACUCUGCCGUGCCCAAAGGAGGCGUGGAAGGCGUCGGCGUAGUCGUCAGUCCGCAGAAAAUCCUCGACGCGCUUCCAGUCCAGAGUCGCACCCCCGGCUACGAAGAACAGGCGCGGCGCGCAGGCCAGCUCUUGCACGCACCAGGCUCGCUUCCACGGCGCGGCCGAAACAAACAGCUCAGUGAGCACCUCCGUUUCCUUGCGCGGGAGGUAGUAACCGUCAGCGUGGGGGCCCUGGAUGAAGACCAUAUCAUUCUCGUCCAUUUUAUCGAUGGUGCGUAGGAGCUUGACGUCGUGGUCGGCUAUGCGCUCAAAGAGCGCCAUGGCCUCGACGACAUUUGCCUCGGUGUCACUACACCAUUUACGCCAUCUUUGUCCUGCAUCUGAGGCGGUUAGGUCACUGUACGGCUUCAAGGGCCCCAUCCAGACGAGACAGCGCUCGCAUGAGCUGAAAAUGGCCUGCAUCAGGGUCACCUGGUGGCCUCGCUCGGCCACGUCCGCCUGGUUGAUGCAAACGGCAUCGACCCAGAGUGUGCGCGGCUCGGUCUCAAGGCGGAGGUGACGAAGGGCAUGCGACAGGUUUUUGGUGAUGCGUAUGACGCCGGCGCCCUCGACAUCCACCUCUUGCGCAAACACAGGCUUGCCCCACGCGUACGAGAGCGCCUCAUAUUGGGGCUUCGAGGCCAGGUCGACGUGCAGCAGCGCGCUCUGGAGCGGAGAAUCCGCGUCGGCGGCAGGAAGCAGCCUUAGCAAUCGGAUAUUGGUUCCCGAUGGAUCCAAAGGCCGGUACUCGUAUGUUGGUUGCGACAUUUUUCUCGGCCGUUUCGGUGAGAUGGUUCGGAUGCCUUUUUUGCUAGGCGGGGCUUGUCAGCGGUCUGGAUCAUCUCGAGCGGGGUUUCGG